AUGGAGCUCUCUGGAAAAAAGCAGGAGCCUGAGCAGCAACUAGAACCCAAGCAGUCAUAUAUAACCGCACUUUGGUGGAAACCGUCAACGGUUUAUAUUGCACCUGACAAGAAACGUGGGAAGGAAGAGCAUGACUCAGUUAUGAGUAGAUCGCACUCCUCCGCCCUCGUCCUUUAUACCGAUGGCAGCUGUAUCAACGAUAAAGUUGGCGCUUUAGCUGUAACAUCCGACGGCUUCGUUACGCAUUGGUUAUACCUAGGCCGGGCGUCGGAAGCCACGGUUUAUACAGCCGAGUUGAGAGGGAUUCUCCCAGCACUCCAGAUUGCAUACAAAAAAGACCACAAGGCCGUCAUUGUUUUCACAGACAACCAGGCAGCAAUCAGGUUUAUGGCCAACCCAGACAAUCAAUCCGGCCAAUACAUCCUCCUCCAGAUAAUUUAA